CCGGCGCGAGGGGUCGGGGACGGCCCGGUUCGGGGAGUGAGGGAGCCAGUGUGCGCGGCGUCACAGCCUGUCCACCGAGCCGCCCCGGGCCCACGGGAGCGUCGCCGGGGCCGGCCUCCGAUUUGCUCGGAAGGGGCGUCGCAGCGCCUUCCCCAGCCUGGUGGUUGGACAGGGCUUCUCCGUCCCCCUCCGGCCCAAGUGAGAGGGGCGAGGAGGCUUCCGAGGCGGGACACAGGCUCCGGUUCACAGUGCUGUGUCCCGGGGGAGAGCUGCGGUGAGGGGGACUGUCAGCAGGCUGGACGUGUGCCCCGGAACCUUCGGCGCCAGUGCUGUGCGCGGGACGGCAGUCGCGUUCGCGGACCGGAGACGGACGCCGGCCCCAGAGAGCCCGCGGAGUUCCGGGUUGUGCGGCCAAGCAGGAAACGGUGGACCUUGCAGAGCCCCCCUCCUGCUGCCUCGAGCCCCCUGUCCCAUGUCUUGACGAGUGCUUGGCAAACAGUGGGCAUACGGAAGAUGCUGUGGACAGGAAAAAGAAACAGUGGUUUCGAGCAUAGAAGAACCCCAAUUUGGAGAAAGCUGAAUUUGAAAUUUGUUACUAAAAUCCUGAAAUGGAUAAUGAACCUAAAGAAGAAAAGAUGUGGAGUGGGCUGCUACCUUCUGGCCUAAAUGAAAGUGAUGUUGAGUUGAACUCUGAAGAUGAAGACACAUCAGAGAACUCUGGACUUAACUUACAGGAAGAUAAAGGAGAUGGGACCUUUACAAAAACAGAGAUCUCAGAUUUCCCUACAGAUGGACCAAAAACUGAAGCAGAGGCAAAUGUAAAUGCAUACGAAGACUGUCCCUCUGGAAUUCCCUUACAUAUGUGGAAUAAAUUUCAAGAAUUGCAUAAAAAACACUCUGAACAGAAAAUCUCAACUUCAGGAUUUAGAAGGAAAAAAAGAAAACGCUCUAGAAAAGGUAAAUUGAAGAAUGAAGCAGAAUCUCAUAGUGAGCAGUCCCCAAGUGAAACCCAGUGGAAGGAACUUACUCAGUAUUUUGGAGUCAAUGACAGAUUUGAACCCCCUGUUAAAAAGAAAAAAGUUGAAAAGUCGGGCCUUGAAAAGAGUAUAGACAAGGCUGUGGAAGAGUGGAAUAUCGAGAAGGCCGAGGAACUCAGCAACCGGCUAGCUACCCGAGAGCUUGGUGUAAAAAUUGCCAAAGCAAUUGCCUGCCAUAACUUUGUAAAAGCCAAAAAGGAAGCUGAAAAUUCACAGGUUGCUCGAAAAAAGAAGAAACUUGCAUGGGGAUUUGAAGCGAAGAAGAGAUGGGAAACCAAAAGCAACAUGGGAUACAUGUAACCUGCCAGUGUUCUUCAAGAUUGUGUGUCUUUUCUUGACCUUUUACUGAGUCUUCAGUUGCUUAAUUGACUGAAAAGAUAUUCCUGCUUAUGUUAAAUAUGUCAGGAAAUUGGUAGAAGUAGAAAAAAUAAGCAUCACAUUUGGGGGUCGAUUAUCAGUCUUUUCUAAAGAGUUCAUCCUAUUGAAGUGAAUGGAAUGGAGAGUUCCAUUAUUUGUACAAGAAAUCUAAGCACACACACAGGGAAAAGACAGAGUUUUAUUUAUUUAUUUAUAGAGACCUGCAGUAUAAAAUCGAUUUUACUUUUCAUUCGUUUGGUAUAGCAUAGCCAAUGAGCUCCUUGUAUGUUCUUAUCUGUUCUCAGUGGAACUGUACUUAUUCUGGAAUUGUGUUUUUAACAUUGGCAUUUGCUUAUAAUGGAUUAGUCAUAAGUGUAAAAAAGUCUCAAUUGAUAUUGUCCUUACAAACAACUUCAUCUUAACGUUUUAAAAGUAAUUACUGGUUCCUUACUGGCUGCCGUGGUUUUGCUACUUGACAGUCACAUAAUAAAAGCAAUUGGUUAGUUUUAGUACCUUUAGAUAAAACAUUACAAUAAAAAAAAGGCAGAAUGUAGUGUUUGGAGGAUAAUUUAAAUUCAGCUCUGCCUAGAAAUGUCUUCCUAAAUCUCUCUCAGCCAUGUCAUUCUUUAAAUUAUCAGAUGAUUCUUAGAAGAGAAAAUGGUAUAAUUAUAUUAAGAGUAAUGUUAUAGCCUGGACGGUGUGGCUCAGCGGAUUGAGCAUCGUCCCUGGACUGAGAGGUCCCGGUUCGAUUUCUAGUCAGGACACGUGCCUGGGUUUCAGGCUUGAUCCCCAGUGGGCGUGCAGGAGGCAGCCAACUGAUGUCUCUAUCUCUCUCUAAAAAAAUCACUAAAAAUAUUUGUUUUUUAAAAAAAGAGUAGUGUUAUAACUCAAGACAAUAUAACUUUGAACCUUCUAAGAACAUGGUUUGAUUGUUUUCAUUUGUCUUCCCUAUUGCUCCUUAAAAGAUUGAUGCAUCAAUGACCCGAAAGAGAGGAUUGGUGCCGUGGGAAGUAGAUUUCAUUGGAUGUGUGUCAUAGUCCUCACUAGAAGGGGCUUUGGGACGUCGCACCUGGCUGCUAGCUGGGCCGCAGCUGGGUGUUUGGGUUUCCUGGCGGGCCUCUGGCGUUCUGGCGCCUCCCUGCCGGGUACUCAGUAGCCACGACCAACUGCUUAUUGUGCUUUUCAUCAGUUCCCGUCCUGCAGCCUCCACGCAGGUUCUCGAGCUUCUGGUACAAGCUUUCUCUGGGUUGUAAUAUAAAUUUAGGAACAUAGAAAUGAGUCAUGUGUAUAAUUCUAUUAUUUUGUUAUUUUUAGAUUUACAGUAGUAACAAUUUUACUAAUUUAUUGGUGGCAUAUUUAGUGUUUACCUAUGUUCUGGAAUAAAUGAGUAGGUUGCUGUUUAAGAGAACAGAAAUUAUAUCUUGCUUCCACUUAGGUGAGGAAAGCCAGUGUAAUGAAAGCAGGAUUUUAGGAGACUCUUUAUCUCCUUAUAGAAUCCAUCACGAAAAGGUGUCCAGACCAAAUGUUGGCAAAUCUUCUAUUUUAUGAUUUAAUAUCCCCUAUUGUGUUUUGUAGAUACAGUCAUAUACUGCUUUCCUACAUCUCAUUUGAAAAUCCUGAUAGGUGAACACAAACUUACAGCAUAGGAACCUUUCCUUAAAAAAUCCACCGUGCAGUGCAUGGUUUUCGUCUGAGACACUGGAAAUGCCACCGUUGAGCAGGGGCAGGGCCGAGUUCUCACACAGGCCCCAGGACGCGCAUGCCCACGCCUCCUCGGCCUGGGUUUUCUUCUCCGCAGGCAUGCGCCACCAGUCUGCUCGGGUGAGGCCUGCCAGAGUGGCCGCCCUCAGGGUGUUCGAUCGGGAGCCCUUCUCGAGCCUGCCCCAGGGCCAGCGCUUCCCACUCUGCCUGCCGUCUCACGUGGACGGGGCAUUUGAACUGAGUGGGGCAUUAUGGCAAAAUCAGAUGUAGCAGGGGACGCAGUGACAAGGGGAGCCACAGCUCCUAAGUCCCUGCCCUGGGGGCCUGGGCUGUGAAAAGCUCCAAAACCUGGUACAGCAGAAGGGGGCUGGUUAGGAGGGAAGGAUUUGAGGGAAAGGAAGGAACCCGAUGUCUUGGGUUCACUCCGCUAGGACAUCAUUCGGAACCAGUUUUAUUUUUAUCAGCUUUCAUUUGAAUUAGACAUUUUACUCAUUAAAGUAAUAAAAUGGGAAUGUUAUUCUUAGAGUACCCAUGUUACCUAAAAAGUGUAGUCAUUUGUCUUCUUCAUCUGGUUACAGCAAAAUAAGGAUUCAUUUUGGUUUGGUAAUAACUUCAAUUCCCGAAGCUUUGACGUGCAUUUACUACCCCCGGAAUGCCUGAAUUAGAUUAGUAAUGUAAAUGUCAGCUAUUGUUAACUGAGAUGAAUAUGUUUCAGGCCAUCAGGAUGGCAUUAAUGUAACUAUGAUUUAUUAAGUAUUUCGGGCUAAAACAACUCACUGAAGAACAGUAAUUUUGAGCUUUACGGCGCUGGUUCUGAGAGUCUAGUUGGUAGUGCGUUCUUGUUUGGGGACCCUCGGGAUGUUUCUGAUUUUCAGCAGAACAUUCUAUUUCUUUCACCAAAAGGAGAGUUUGAAUGUAUAAUCUCAGGUUUGCUAUAAUUAGUUCUGAUGACAGAGUUAAAUACCUUGGCCAAAACUAUAAAUCAGUAGUUAAACAGGUUUCUGCAACUGAUCAUAAAUCUCAAACUCCAUGUUCUAAACACUUAUGUUUUUAGAGAGACAGCCAUGGGAGGGGCAGGCCAAGGACUGGAAUAAAAUGUUACCUAAAUUGGAGCAGCAGCUUAGAACCUUACAUUUAAAAUCUUACUGAUUUCCCUGAUGCUUUUUGUCCAGAAUGUUAUCCUUUUCAGUGUUUUAAUAACUUAGCUUAUUGUUUACUCUGAUAAGACAAGUUUAAAUUCUUAAACUAUGAAGACUAAUUCUCUGAAUGUCCAAAUGUUCAUUUUCUCAGUAAAGAUAAUCACUUUAAAAAAUGUUAUGUCUUGCCAAACUAUAAAAAUUAUUGUGUGAGGUUGCUAUUUAAAUAAGAUUGCAAUUUUGUAUCUUUUUUUAAGAAGUAAAGUUUAGGGAAACCAGAUGAUGUUUGUUGGACUCCAUUUUGGAAAAAUAACUCAGUGAAACCUAGUAGUCAGGUUCGGCGCCAACGGAAACAAUUCGAGUUCUCCCACGUUGGCAGAAGCCGCUCUUAUUUUUAGUAUCUGGCAGAGCAGCACAUGCUUUUCAUGUCAGUUCCAUAGUCUUGCAAGCCAACUGUUUAUUCAUUGGCUUAAAAUUUACACUCUGCUAAAGUCUUAGCUGUGACUUUCAUGAAAUAAAUAGUAAUAUUUGGACAAAAUAUGUACACGAAAAUCUUUUUCCAGAACUGAAUGUCGAUUGGUACUUGUGGCGUCAAAUACCAUGGUAACAGAGCUCACAGUACUUUGAAACCCAGGCCACUGAAUUUCAAGGAACUAAUUUUUAUUAUGAAGUAAUGAGGACCUCUUUCUAGGUUUUCAGAUUUAAAUUAGCGAGAAACUUUCUGCGGGAAAGCGGAACGUGUGUUAGGGGAAAGGUCACUGAACUCUGAAAGAUUACGUUGUUAGUGCACAUCAGUUCUUGACCUCCUCAGCGCACUGAGACGGUGAGACGUGACCCUGUUCCGGGGUUGAGCUCAGGGGCUCUGGAGGUUUUGAUAAAAUGAGUCUUUUCUUUAGUCUUGAUUGUUUCCUCCUCCCUCCACACUACUCACCUUAAAAGAAAAAUAACCCCCACACGCUGGUAGUGUAGCCGUAGUCAGCGCAGAGACCUCCUGGGGAGGGGUCCUGGUGCCAGGCGAGAGCUGGCAGGCAGCCUGCCGUGAAGAAACAGCAAGCCCUGUGCUCCCAUCUUAAAAUGGGACAUUCGGCGCCUUCCACGAGUGUGUCUUCUGUUCCCCGGUGAGGGUUCUGGAGAGAAGUGUUCAUUUUGCUAGAAUUUUCGUCAAAUACCGUGGUGCUCCCAGGGCAGCUUCCUGUCACACGGGCUUUGUGAUCCUGACCCCUGGGACGUAGCUACAGGCUUUUGAUGGGAAUGCCCAUUAAAUGCCAUGCCGUAUGCUGUGCUUUUUGGAUGUGCUUGUAAAAUCAAGAAUUAGCUGAGGGAUAAUUAUCUUUUUAUUAGUAUUAGUAACCCCUUUUUAGAUUUAAGUAAAGCAAGCAUACGGCUUUUAAAUUAGGUAUGUGCCUUUUGUGUCUAGACCAGACGGGCUUCUUAAGGAGCCACAGAACAGAAAGGAAGGACGGGGAAGGGGAGUGGGACCCCAGAGAAGCCUGGGUUCCUGGGCACGCCUGUGCCAGGUUUCCUGCUGAGCCCACUCAUUGGCAUCAUUCCGGAAGCCCCAGCCCACCCCUCCUCAGCCCAUGGGCUGCCGCCUGCCAAAGUGCUGCAGGGGACCUUCUGUGUGACACGUACGGAAUGAGGUAAUCUUCCCACCUCUGAUUUCUGAAGGGUGUGUCUGUCCAGUUAUUACUUGUUCAUUGAACUUAAAGGUUUAGGAACCAGAAGCUACAGUACAAGCUGUAAUUAUUGAUGUCUGUUUCACAUUCAUCUGUUAGUCCUGGCAUUUGAUCAAGAAGUUAAUGUAGCACUGCGUCUCCAGGCUGAUGUGCCUCGGCUCACAGUGUUGCAUUGUGUGCUGGGACCGUGCACACGUGUCACUGCCCAGAACGAAACCUUUCAUGGGUAACGUGGGAUCGUGAAACAAGGAAACCUCGUGGUUUUGGGACUCCUUUCUACAUAACAUCUGAGAAACAUUCACUAAACACCUACGACACGCCAGACACCCAGCAGACUCGUGCAGAUGCCAAGAUGAGCAAACACAGUCUGGUGGGAAAUGGAUGGAAACCAUGAUGGGACGACUUGCUUUUUUUCGGUGGCUUUUAGAAAAUCUGACUUUUUCUUUGCUAAGUACAAAGAAAUAGUCUCCAUGUGCUAAAGUAAGUACUGUAGAUAAAUCUUGUGGUUGGGUGUGCGGCCUCCCCGAUGCGGAGUCCCUGGCGGGGCUGCAGUCACUCACUAGCUUAGUGACCGAUCCCACGUGCUGCCCUCGGUGAGGGGACACACCCCGGGCUUCCACCUGUUUCGUAGACUCAGAGACACAAUUUCAAGUGUCUCAAGCUUUUCUUAGUCUGUAGCAGCGUGUCCGUUUGUUAGGGUGGCUGUGUCACAGUGCCUGCCUGUGUCAGGGCGGUGGUGACUACUGCAGGAAACGUGCCCCCACCUGUCCUGACCGAACAGUAGCAGUUUAUUUCCUGUUCGUGGGACAAGGGAGGAGGUUCCUGCGGACGGGGCUGUGCUCCACGCAGUCAUUCAGAGAGCCAGGCUGACCAGCUCUCACCUUCUUUCCCCCAAACCUUGGGUGUCACCAUCGCAGUCACUGGAGGGGAAAGAGCAUGGGACAGCACCCCGGGCAGCUGUGGGCCUGGCCUGUGAACGUGGUUGCCGACUCGGCCUGCUGGGGGUCGUCGCAGUGCAAGUGUCUGCUUGGAGUGAGGGGGAGCAUCGCACAGGAGCAAAUGUUCUAGGUCUCUGGAUGCAGCCCAGUUUGUUUUCAAAGUGGUUCCCUAGGUUACAUGGUGUUUUAGGUAAUUAAGUCCUUGAGAUCACGUCUCUGCUCAACAUACAACCAACCCCAGCAUAUUUCCUGUCUCGCCGUUUUCAGGGGAGAGACAUCAAAACAAAUUCACACCUGAGCAUAUAGCCCAUUGUCUCUUUGGUGCAGCGUUCAACCUUUAUGCAAACCUUAUCUAUUCACACAUACUCGAUACACUCAGUUCAGACCGGGUGGCGUUCCAAGCCGUCAGACAUACCUAUUCACGGGCAUACUUUGAUCCCUGGCCGGCCAGGUUGCGAGAAUAUGUACCUCAGGGUUGCAUCUUGUUCAGCCACCAAACCCCAACCCUACACUUGGUGACUUUGCUGCACCCACCUGCAAGGAGGCAGCUGAAUGUAGACUGGCUGGUCCCCAGAGGCAGAAGGAAUGCAUGUCAGUAACCAGCUGGCAGCGUCUGCCACGUUGCCUCAAACACGUGGCCUUGACUUGAAGUAGUGACUGUCGCUGGGGCACAAUGUUGAAGAGUCAAACUACUGUUUGUGAUUUGAUUUGUACU